AAAGAGAUAGAGAGAGAGAGAGAUCUGUAUAUUUGUGAAUAUGUCGUCGCCGGAGGAGUCGCCGCCGUCAGAUGGUUCUCCACCGCCGCCGUCACCCGAUUCAUCAUCCUCACCACCUCCACCCAGCGGAGAUUCAUCGUCACCACCUCCGCCAUCAGAUGGUGGCGAUUCACCAUCACCGCCACCACCUUCAGAUUCAAACGGCGGCGGCGGAGGGGGAUCUUCUUCUCCUCCUUCUCCCGACAAAAGUCCAUCUCCUCCAUCCCCCGACAAUGAUUCCCCACCUUCCAACGGCGGCAGCGGCGACAAAUCUCCUUCGCCGCCCAAGUCCGGGGACUCGUCGUCAGAUGGAGACGACUCACCGUCUCUUCCGCCGCCUCGCUCUGGAAAUAACGGUCGUAACUCCCCAACGUCGAUAACGGAUAACUCCUCACCGGAUAAGGAUUCGGAUCAGAAAUCCAUCAUCGCCGGCGCAGCCGCCGGAGCAGGAUUACUGCUCCUCAUUAUGAUCGUCUUCAUCGUGUCUUGCUCUAAAAGGAAGAAACGAAGAUCACGCAACGACAUGAAAUACUACAGAGACAACUCCCGUGGAAAUAUGAAUAAUUACUACAACAACAACAACAACAACGGCGGUCAAAAUUGGCAAAACAACAAGGCCCCCUCUCCGGACCACAUGGUGAAAAUACCACCUCCGCCAGCGAGCGCCGGAGUAAGCUCGGAGCAAGGCUGGGCGAUAGCACCGCCGCCUCCUCCGCCGAUGAUGAGCAGCAGCGAGAUGAGCUCCACCGGAUUCUCCGGUCCGGCGCUGCCGCCGCCGCACCCAGCGAUGGCGCUGGGUUUCAACCAGAGCAGCUUCUCGUACGAGGAUCUGGCGGCGGCGACAGGUGGAUUCACGCAGGCGAAUCUGCUCGGGCAGGGGGGUUUCGGGUACGUACACAAGGGGGUGCUGCCCAACGGGAAGGAAGUAGCCGUAAAAAGCCUGAAAAUGAACAGCGGGCAAGGGGAGAGGGAGUUUCAGGCGGAGGUUGAUAUUAUAAGUAGGGUCCACCACCGCCACUUGGUUUCCUUGGUCGGUUACUGCAUUUCCGGGGUUCAAAGGAUGCUCGUUUAUGAAUUUGUCAACAAUGGUACCCUCGAAUAUCACCUUCAUGGAGCUGGUAGGCCAACUAUGGAUUGGCCUACCAGGCUUAAAAUUGCUUUGGGAUCUGCUAAAGGAUUUGCAUAUCUUCAUGAAGACUGUCAUCCUCGUAUUAUCCACAGAGAUAUAAAAGCUGCGAACAUUUUAAUAGACAACCAUUUCGAAGCUAAGGUAGCCGAUUUUGGAUUGGCUAAACUCUCUUCGGACAAUUACACACACGUUUCAACUCGAAUAAUGGGAACAUUCGGGUACUUGGCUCCAGAAUAUGCAUCAAGCGGGAAACUAACUGAAAAAUCCGAUAUCUACUCAUUCGGUAUAAUGCUUUUGGAGCUGAUAACUGGACGACGCCCCAUCGAUAUCCAUAGUGAUGACGACUGCUUAGUUGAUUGGGCUAGGCCAAUUCUGAAACAAGUGACUGAAGGAGGAAGCUACGAAGAGUUGGUGGAUCCAAGACUAGAGCACAACUUCAAUCACCACGAGAUGGUUCGUUUGGUGGCUUGUGCUGCUGCUUGUAUUAGGCAAUCUGCUAGAAGUCGACCUAAAAUGAGCCAGAUUGUGCGUGCUCUUGAAGGAGAUGUGUCUCUAGAUGACUUAAACGAGGAUGUUAAGGCGACACAUAACAAUCUGUUUGGCUCGAGCAGUGGCUCGGAAUACGACCUGAAAAGACUCGGGAAAGGUGGGCCAAUGACCAGCCAAGAGUUCACUAGCAGCGACGAGUUUGGCCAUACGAGUGGCGGACAUUAAUUCAUGAGGAAUGCGGUGCCACCUAGGCGGGGCCCCGCUCAAUUGAGUAUUUUCUAUGUUGAAUUCAUAGGAUGAAAAAAAUGGUCUUUUUACACCGUUUGAGUGUUUGGUAAGAACUAGAUGGAGAUGAAUAUGGUGAAGGGACUAAGUGUAUAUGAUGCUUUGGCGAAGUUUGUAGUUUUUUUUUUUUUUUGAAGGUUCUAACAUUGAAUACAAUGUAUUUCAUUUUCAUUAUAGUUAUGUUUAUAGUAUUUUUCAUUGUGGACUGUGAGAUUGUUAUGUUUGUUAUAUAUAGUAAUGUAAAUGGAGUACACAGCUUCUCAUUUUCAUAAUUUAUAGCAUCAUAUCUAAUUUGACAUAAACUGCAUAUGCAAUAUAGAGUUGGGUUGCAUAUCUAACUGGACCUCCGCCUCCGCCUCCGCAUCGUGAUGCUCGGGCUGAAACGACGA